AUGGUAAGUGAUUUGAAGUUUGCACCAUCAUUUCAAUCGUUUGUGGACAGCUCGUUUUUCCAUGAACUAUCGAGGUUAAAAUUAGAUAUUUUCAAACUAGAUUCAGACGAGAAGGCACUUUAUACGCAAUUAGAUCUCAACCAAUUCACUUCAAAUGUCCUAGCUAUAUCACUACGAGAUGACAGUUUUCAGAAACCUGAUAAUGAUGAGCACAAUAUCAUUUUGAAGGGUUAUCUGCUAAAUUUCAAUACCAUUGAACUAUUUAAAAACUGUAAUAAAAUUCAGUUCAUUAAAGAAAAGGGCCAAGAAUUGCUACAACGUGGUUUGGAAAAUGAUUUGAAUGAAAUAAUAAGCUUCUACAUGAUUAGUUUUGCUGACUUAAAGAAGUAUAAGUUUUAUUAUUGGAUCUGUAUGCCAAGUUUUCAGUCGGAUGGAGCAACAUAUCAAAUUAUAUCAAGUAAGGUAAUAGCCUCCGAUUCUGACAUCAGUGUAUCAUUCAUUAAACAAAAUGUGAUCAUCGCAUGCGUGAUAAGUGGUGUUAUACAGAAAGCGACUCCAGAUAAUUUAAAGGUUUGUGAGAAAGUAGUUUUCAAAGAUUUUAGUCAUUUGAAAGAUAUUCCUUCAGCGGUUACAAAAAAUAUUCUAACAGUUUGGAGUAAAUUAUCACCUAGAGAGACUUACACAAUCUGCUUUUUACGUAGUGAUGAGUCAAGUUUUGAAGCAGAAAUUAUAAUAAACAAUGGAAACAACCCAUCGUUGAAAGUUAGCGGUUGGGAAAAGAACGGACUUGGUAAAUUAGCUCCAAAAUCUAUUGACUUAAGUUCUUUAAUGGAUCCAGUAAAGAUUGCCGACCAAGCAGUCGAUUUGAAUCUUAAGUUAAUGAAAUGGAGAAUAGCGCCCAAAAUAGAUUUAGAUGGAAUUCGUAAUACAAAAGCCCUAUUGCUAGGAUCUGGAACACUCGGUUGCUACGUUUCACGUGUUUUAUUGGCGUGGGGUGUCCGUCAUAUCUCCUUUGUGGAUAAUAGUACCGUGUCCUUUUCAAACCCUGUUAGACAAUCUCUAUAUAACUUUGAAGACUGUGGAAAACCCAAAGCGCAAAUAGCGAGUGAAGCCUUGAAGAGAAUUUUCCCAUCAGUGGAAUCGUCUGGCUAUCAAUUGGAAAUCCCUAUGAUUGGACAUCCCGUCACCAACGAAAAAAAGCAAAGGCAAGAUUAUGAAGCUCUUGAAGAUCUUAUAAAAAGUCAUGACGUUAUAUUUCUAUUGAUGGAUGCCCGUGAAACUAGAUGGCUUCCUUCUGUCUUGGGAAGAUUGCACAAUAAGAUUGUCAUUAAUGCUGCUCUUGGUUUUGAUAGCUACUUAGUAAUGAGACAUGGAAAUGAUGACGAUAAACUUGGGUGUUAUUUCUGUAACGACAUUUUGGCACCCAGUGACUCCCUAACAGACAGAACUUUGGAUCAGAUGUGUACAGUUACCAGACCUGGUGUUGCAUUGUUGGCAGCAUCCCAAGCAGUUGAAUUGCUGGUCACAUAUCUCCAGCCUACACCAAAUGUAUUAGGAACAUCGCCACAUCAAAUUCGAGGGUUUCUCAAUGAAUUUAAGACCGUAAGUCAAAGCACUCCGGAAUAUGAACACUGUUGUGCCGGUAAUAAAAGUGUAAUAUCCGCAUUGCAAGAGAAUGGGUGGAAUUUCGUUAGGCAAGCUCUUGACGAUUACAAAUGCGUUGAAAAACUAAGUGGGCUAUCGAAGGUCCAAGAAGAAGCUGAGUUAGCUUUAGAAGAAGAUUUCGACUUUUCUGAAGAUGAUGAGUUUGUAACUGGAUGA